AUGCAUUUCAUGACUGUUGCUUCCGAUGUUUUUUCAUUAUAUUAUAUUAUAGUAACCGGCAAAGUGCAAAUGUGCAACAGCACCUUCAAUGCAUAUGAAGGGGAUAUCAACUACAUACUUCCAAAUGAUGAAGAGAAAAAACUUCAAGAAUGGCUUAGUGCCCCAAACUCCUCCAUCAAUUACACUACAGCUUUGAAUAAGAGAACACCUGGAACAGGGGUAUGGAUCUUUGAUCAUCUAAUUUACAAUGCAUGGAGAGAGGAACAUGGAAUUCUAUGGAUUCAAGGCAAAGCUGGAUCAGGAAAGACAGUUCUACUUUCCACCAUAAUUGAAAAUCUCAGCAAAAAUUCCCCAAGUCAAGUUUUUUAUCACUACUUUGAUGGAUUUUUGUUGUCACUGGUGUAUUCAAUGGGGUUCCAAGAUGGUAGAGUGCACUCUUCACUCAAUGAUUUACAUGAGCAGUCCAAAAAGGCAUGGCCAAAAGCACAACCAAGUAAUCUGGAUUUGGAAGAUACUUUGAAAAAGAUGAUCAAUCCCUUGUAUCUGAGCUCAUACAGGGUAUUUCUGGUCAUAUUUGGGUUGUUAUCACAAGCCGAAAUCAACCUCAAUAUGUAG